GAAACAGAGGAGCGAGGAUAAAGCAACCAUCCAGGGCCACAAGAGCAGAGCAGAGCAGCGGAAGCCAGUCGCCAUGCCAAUGCAGGUGAUGCAGCCUCGGCUCCGCCCCCGCGGGAUAGCAUCAUCGGCAGCGGCACGCCGCCGGUGGGUGGUGCGGCCGCUCCGUGCUUCCUCCGCCACCACCAAGUGCUGCGCUUCCGUGCGGCUGACGGUGUCGGACGCGGAGCUUGCUUCCCGCGGGUUCUCGGUGCGGCGCACGGCGGAGGGCAUCGACGUGGCGGCGCUGAACGAGGUGUUCGCGCGCGUGGGGUUCCCGCGGCGGCAGGAGGAGCGGCUCCGGCGCGCUCUGGAGCACAGCCGCGUGGUGUGGCUGUCGGCGGCGGUCGGGGAGGAGGCGGGCCGGCCCGUGGCGUUCGCGCGCGCGGCCGGGGACGGCGUGUUCAACGCGGUGGUGUGGGACGUGGUGGUGGAGCCGUCGUGCCAGGGCCUCGGGCUGGGGCGCGCCGUCAUGGAGCGGCUGGUGCAGGACCUGCGCAGCGACGGCGUGGGCAACAUCGUGCUCUACGCGGAGGCGCGGGUGGUGGGCUUCUACCGCCUCCUCGACUUCGCCAUGGAUCCCGACGGCAUCAGGGGGAUGGCGUACUACCGAUCCAAGCAACCUACCGCUAAUAGUUCUCAAUGAUGAUGAAAUCAUGUACUAUUAUUACUUUACUGGUACUCCUCCGUUCCAAAAUAUAAGUCAUUCUAAUUUUCUUUUUGAAAGUUAAAUAUCUCAAGUUUGAUCAAAUUUAUACCAAAUAGGUACCAUUAGUUUCUUCAUUAAAUACAUUUUCAUAAUAUAUCUAUUCGGUGCCAUAAACUUUUAUGAUUUUUUCUAUAAUUUUGGUUAAACAUGAAAUGGUUUGACUCUCCAAGAAAGUUGGAAUGACUUAUAAUUUGGAACUGUUGCUUCUUCUUCCAAUAUUAAUUCACAAUACAUGUUGCAACAAUCA